CUUCCCCGAGUCUCUUUCCUAGUAUACCUCCAAUGUCCUGGUCAUUGUCCCGAAACUGAUGAUGUCUCUUUAGAGGUGUGAGAUUUCUCUUUAUUGUUAACCACCUACUUGUUUUUGCAUUCAGCACCGUUGCUACAAUCUUCCUCAUGGCCUCCAAGACACUCGAAGCGCGGCUUGAGCGCCUCUCUGUCAAAGAUGAGAACGACACCGGGCACAGUUGCAAUGGCUAUUCAAAGUCAAAGAGUUCCCUCUCUACAACCAUGUCUCUUUCAGGCCUGGGAGCUUCUGGGCAAUUUAACGCCUCCAGCCGAUCUAACCUGCUAAAACUUGCUCUGCAAAAUACGAAUGAUAGCAAAGCUAAUUCAAUGAAUGUUGGUCAAUCCCCUACAAAAGGUUCCCAUAAUACCCUGCCGAGUCGCAACCUAGACGAAAAUGGGGAACAACGCCACCCAACACCACUCUAUGAACAACCGGCACUAAAGAAAUUACACCUUGGAAUGUUUGAAAUUGGGAAGCCUUUAGGAAAGGGCAAAUUUGGCCGAGUUUAUUUGGCUAAAGAACGGUCUUCCGGCUUUGUGUGCGCCCUCAAAGUCCUGCACAAAUCCGAGUUGCAGCAAGGUGGAGUACAAAAGCAAGUUCGGCGAGAGAUUGAAAUACAGAGCAAUUUGCGUCAUCCAAAUGUUCUAAGGCUCUAUGGCCAUUUCCAUGACAGCAAACGGAUCUUUUUGAUUCUCGAAUUUGCCGGUCGGGGGGAGCUGUACAAACACCUCCGCAAGGAACAUCGAUUUCCUGAAUGGAAGGCUGCCCAAUACAUUGCUCAAAUGGCCGCUGCUCUGAAAUAUCUCCAUAAGAAGCAUGUCAUGCACCGUGAUAUCAAACCUGAGAAUAUCCUUGUCGGUAUUCAUGGCGAAAUCAAAAUCAGUGAUUUCGGCUGGAGUGUUCAUGCGCCCAACAACAGAAGACAAACAAUGUGUGGAACCUUGGAUUACUUGCCCCCCGAGAUGCUGAAGCCUGGCUCUCAAGAUAAUUAUUACAAUGAGAAAGUCGACCUGUGGAGUUUGGGCGUCUUAACCUAUGAGUUUCUUGUUGGAGAGGCCCCUUUUGAAGAUACCCCUGUGAUGACACAACGACGGAUUGCAAGAGCCGAUAUGGCAGUUCCAUCAUUUGUCAGUGCUGAGGCAAGAGAUCUCAUUAAAAGGCUUCUUGUUCUUGACCCGGAAAAGCGAAUCUCACUUGAUGAAAUACAGCGACAUCCCUGGAUCCUGAAACACUGUGUUAAAGAAGAUCGAAUUAUGAAACGGAGUUCUGGUUCAUCAUCCAAGGAAUCUAAGCCAUGAUGCGGUUUCCAUGCAUUGCAGGCGCAUUUGGUGUUAAGAGGUGCACUCUAUUCGCAAGUUCCUUCUGCCUAACAUCCCCCCCCUUUUCAAUGUGUACCUGUGUUUUUUUCAAUAUGGUAUCUCGCCUAGAUUCUUUCAACGCAUGAGUUGAGUAUUUCCGAGUUAAUCCUUUGUGGUCCCCAGCCCUUCG